AUGGAGGCACACGCUGGUGCGCUGUGGGAAAGCAUAUUACCGGUUGAAGAGGAGGAGCGGGGGCAUGUGCGGUCGCUGCUUUGGCGCUGUGUGGACCUGGUGGUGCGGGACAUCACCAGCUGCGCCGCGCUCGACACGCUGCCGCUCGACGUCCAGGCCGCCCUGCUCGCCCUGGUGUGCCGUCGGCGCGUGUGCGACCGGCGCCUGAUGCGCCUCUUCUCGCCCGAGCUCCACGUCGGACCCAACAUGCUGCUACACAACAUGGGCUUCGCCCUCUCCGGCCUCAAGGUGUUGAGCCGCUUUGCGCACGUCGCCAGGCUGGACUUGUCGGGGCAGAAGGCGCUCGACUGCCGACGCGUGGGUCCGGUGAUCGCACGUAUGCGCGGGCUGACGUCGCUCAAUCUGCGCCGCUACCCGCACCACCUGAGCCUCGCCGACAUGAAGUCGAUCGCUGGUCUGACUGGCUUGGCAGAGCUCAAUCUCAGCCGCUCUCGCGUCGAGGACGCCCACGCGAACUUGCUGGCUGGGCUGAGCUCAAGCCUCACCUCGCUCGACAUCUCGCGUUGUCGAGGUCUUCGUGGCGAUUUGUGGGCGCUCCCCAAGCUGACGCAGCUGCGCGCGCUGAACAUCUCGAGCGUGGAUCUGCUGCCGCUCGUGCUGGACUACGUAGACCAGAUGUCCUCGCUAGUGCGACUCAACGCCUCCAUGUCAAAUUGGCUCCGGGAUACCAGCCGCCUGGCCGGUCUGACCCAACUGGAAGACCUGGACUUGGCCAAUGUUUCUCGGAUGACCGACGAAUCCCUGGAGGGUUUGCAAAGCUUGACGCGGCUGCGGAGACUCAACUUGAAGGGCACCGACUUGAGCGAUUACGGGCUAACAAUGUUCCUGACCAAUCUGCACAACCUGGAACUGCUCGACCUCUCCAACACCGCGGCCUCCAAGGCGCCGAAAAAACUGCUCGACCAGGGCCGGCUUCCGAGUCUGCGACAAGUCAACCUAAUUCAGAAUUACCGAGCGUUCACCGAGGGUGACCUGAUGGCAAUCAAGAAGUUGAGGGUGAUGUGCAACUGGACCUCGUUCCAGGACACGGUCGCGUGGACCUUCGAGUCGUCCGAGACAACGCGCGACCCGGACCUCUGCGCUCGAUGGCUCGAAUUCCUACGCGGCCGCCUCCACAACGGCGAUACGAAGAAUGAUUACUACGGAGGACGGUGGAACUUUAGGCCCAGGGUGGAGAGGAGUCGCCGGCGCCCAAGACCCGCACGACGCGGCAUGCAACAGUUCGCAAUUCCCGAACAGCCGGCUGCAUCGACGUCAGCUCUGAAGAAGCAACGGCACAAGGCGAAGUCCUACCGCGAGAGUGGGGACGGCAGCGACCAGGAGGACCACCGCGGGUACAACCUGACGGGCUCGCUGCUGUCCCACGAUCGGAGCUCGAUGGUCCGGCGCGCCAUACCCUACCUCGGUCAGGUUCUGCAGUUGAUGACUGCUCACUUCGACCACCGCGAGGUCGUCAAUCACGGCAUCAGCCUGGUGCGCGAGCUGUCCCACUGCCUGGUGCAGCCGUCGCUCAGGAUAGAACUGGCCCAAGAGCUGAGUGAGCAGGAAUGGCGCGACUUCAUGUAUCGCUGCCUAUGGGCCUACCCGAGCGACGCCAUGACGGUCAAGAACGUGCUCAAGGCCCUGCCCGCAAUGUACAACUCAGGCCCCGCUCGUGAGAGUGCCGACCGAUACCUCGCUUUGGCGCUGACGGAAGGGUUCGUCGCGUCGAUGGUGUGCUCGAUUGCUCAGCACCCGCACCAGCCCCGAUUGCUGCUAUCCGCGGGUCGGUUGGCCGAACACGCCAUCAAAUCCUCUCUCCGAGAGAGAGUGAUCGAUGAAUUGCUCCGCAUCGGAUUCCUGGAAGUGUUCCGCUCGGCGCUGGCCCCCUUCGCAAAGAGCCACACCACCCGAGAGCAGACCUACGUCGUAAACGGCCAACGCGUUAUCAAGAUGCUCCAUGGCGCUCUCAGAGCAGCUGUGCCCAAGCAAACACCGGGUUCGUGGGCGAAACCGAGCCCUGUGAAGCACCCCAAGGCAAGGAAGCUGGCUGAGAUUCUCCCCGCCGAGACGAAGCUGGAUGCCAAUCGGAACCGACGCCGACGCAAGAAGCAGGCUAAGCAGUCGAGGCAACACUUCCGCGAAGUGGUCCACCGCAAGAAGGAGAAGCGGGACCGCAAGUUCAAACGAAUGGAGGUGCGCUACAAACGCAGGAACUACCGCGAGGAAGAGGCCGCCAAGGAGGAGGAGUACGACCGGGUCUGUAACUUGAAGGAGGCCCGGGGCACACAGUGGAUGAAGAACCAAAAGGCGAAGAACCUGCGCCUCAAAAAGCAGCACAGAGGAGACCUGCGCGCCAAGUCUUCGUAUGAUUUUGCUGCCGACAUUUAUCUGUGA